UGACCACACCGAAUCGACCUUGAACUUGUCAGCACAAUUUGACAGCAAAACAGUUUUCGGAAGUAUUUUUCGAUAUCAUGCUAUAUUGGAUGCCUUUUUCUCAUUAACGACCAUGUAGAAUUCUGUCAGCUGUAAUCAACUGCUGUUGACAAUAUGAGUUGGUUCAACAAGAUAAGGAGUGAUUCCCGUACGUCAUCCGAUGUAGGAAGUGAAGGGUCUGCUGAACGCAGAUCGCGACGAGACACAGACCCAGGGACAUGUCUUGAAGUUUUCCAAAACCACUGGCAUCAGGCUUACAAAAUCAUUGAGCGAGAUGUUGAAAAUGCUGAAAAAUCAACUGAUGAUGAGAUUAAUGCAGUGAGUCACAAUUUCGAACAGAUGGUGACUUUACUUGCAGAAGAAGAUGGUGAGGAUGGACAAGGAAUGCCUGGGCCUAUUCUGCAUUUUCUUCUUGAACAAGAAAUACUGGAGAAAUUUUGUGGAUGGUGCCAUAGAUACCAUACUGCCAGAGACAACCUUGUAAAUGAAGAGUUACGCAUGUUUGAAACUCUGAUUAGCCAGUCACACCAACUUCUUUUAAUCCAUAAGCCAGUCAUUAGACCAUUAUUAAAUCUACUUGCAUAUUGCUCGGAUGGUUACACCACACCAGGAGUAGAAGAAAACAUGGUACUGGUUCUGCAUCAGUUAUGUGUUUGUAUUUCAAAAGAGAGAGUCAUUCUAGAAAGCUUCUUCAACAUGAAUGCAGACCAUGGGGCGGCAAAGUUCUUGAUAUUUUCCUUGUUGAUUCCCUUCAUACACAGGGAAGGCAAGGUUGGACAGCAAGCCAGGGAUGCCCUUCUGUUGAUUAUGACAUUGUCAGCUAAAUACCCAUACAUUGGCCAAUACAUUGCAGACAACUCUGAUUUUUGCCCAGUGUUGGCGACAGGUCUAAGCGGUUUGUACUCUGAUCUGCCCCGUAAGAUAGUGAUCCCCAGGGAGGACUGGUGUCAGAUGACAGACGAGGAUGUCCAGAGGAUGCCAACGAUGGCCAUGUUCCUAAACUCUCUAGAGUUCUGUAAUGCUGUUGCACAGAUCGCCCACCCGCUCGUCCGAGACCAGCUCAUCAAGUUCAUAUACAACGGUUUCCUAGUGCCUGUUCUUGGUCCUGCCCUUCAUCAGGACAUUUCGGGGUUACCUACCCCGCUUCUUGAUUCACCUAUGUUUUCGAAUUCCCGUGAGGAAGUGAUUACUGCCACAGCGUACCUUGACCUGUUUCUACGGAAGAUCUCAGAGCCAAGUCUCGUGCGUGCCUUCCUGGCGUUUAUCUUUACGGAGAGAAACGAUGAGAUUGUCAUUCUCGACUCACUCGUCACACGCAUCAACAGCAGCUCCAAGUUGUGCCUGGUUUCCCUGUCACUGUUUCAUACGCUGGUGGACCUGAACUGUGAGGAUGUCAUGUUUGACCUUGUCUUCAAGUACCUGAUUCCGUGCCGGCACGUUAUGGUGAGUCAGCGUCGUGCGGUGAAGGACCAGGAUAUCUACUGUAAGAGUGCAGAGAAGUUUCUCUCGUUAAGGCCCACCUGCUGCCUCCCCGAGAUAGACAGUCCUAAACACAGUGUGGGUGACAUGCCUACUAACAUGCCCAAAGCACCUAGCAAGCCCAGUAGAAAACUGUUCAGGUCAAAACGGGACAAGACACUAACACAAAACCAUGUCAGUGACCCUUCUCAGGACAAAGUCAACACUGCCUUUCCACCCGGUACAUUUGGAAGCAAGCUAGAGGAUUUUGAGACCAGUUAUCUGGAAUACUUGGCCGAUGCCCACCUUCGUGUUCUGAAGUGUUCCCAGGCUUGCCACUCAUGGCAAUAUCCGUACGAUGGUGACAACCCACCAUUCACCAGUUUUGAUGUUGACCCCAGUAACCAGUCUAUAGAACUGUCUAAAGAUUUCACUGAUUCUGUUUCUAACAAGACAGAUGAGAGCAAGUUCGCAUCAACUGAUGCAGAAAAUGUCGGUAGUUUAGAAAGAACCGAUGGGGUAGAAAAUAACUCUAAUGUUGUUCCCAGAAGCUGUGAUAAUAGUGAUUUUAGCAUAGUGGAUAGUGCAAUAGUUAAAACUGAUAUUGGAGAUGAUGAUAUUAGCUUAACAUAUGAAAGGGCCAGUAAGAGAGGACGAUUCACUUCUGAUGAAGACUUCAUUACAAUGCUUGAAGAAAGUGCUAUCCCUCAAGACAAGUCGGCAAAUGUUGAAGAUAGCUUGAAAAACUUAGAGUCAGUUUUAACUACUGUUUCACAAACAAUGUCUAUCUCUUGUACAUCAACACCAAGAAAGGAUCGCAGUUUAGAUGGAGAAUCGAUGGUGCUAGGUGCUGAAGGUGAGAUGAGCUCUGUGUAUUUCGAUUGUGAGACCUCCCAUGCAGACGACAGCGCGGCGUUCAAAUCCAUUGACGACACUUCAUUUGAUGUCAUUGAUGAUCCCACUAGACAAAAAACUACAAACGCUACAGAAUUUGAAAUUGUUGAUACUCAGAUUACCCAAAGUUCAAAUAAAACAAAAGCAGAACAAAGUAGUAAGCCCAGUGAUAUCACUUCAUUUAUUGACAUAUCUUCUGCUGGCCAGAAUUCUGACACAGAAAAGUUGAAUUCAGACACAGACUCUAUGGAAGUCAGCGUACACCAUUUUGGAACAGAAAUACCAAAAUCUUUGCAACCAGUUAGUGGCAUAUUGGUUACCAAGGCGACAGAAGAAGAAAAAGUUGAUGGUCAGACAGGAACUAAGGGAGACAAGUCUGUCAGAUUUUCAGAGACUACUCAGGUGCAGACAAUAGGCUCUGCAAAGUUGUCAUUCAGCAUCGGCCUAAAUCCAUCAGUGAGAGGUGUAGGAACACCAAACAUUGGGCCAUUCCUGACAGCUGUGCUUCUCAAGUUGGAGAGUAUGAUGCAGAACACCCUGCCGGUGAACCUGAUGUUGACGGGUCUCAUCUCUCGUUUGGCUGUGUACAGUCAGCCACUGCUACGAUCCUUUCUCCUUAACCACAAUCUUGUGUUCCAGCCUACCGUCAAGUCACUUGUACAGGUGUUGACGUCAAUACGCCAGAGAGUUGACCACUACUCCUAUACCAUACAGAACUUUGAGGCUCUGUUGUUGCGAGCCCGAAGGACGCUUGCCCAUCGAGAGGGGAACUUCCCAGAGAGAGCCCACUCUCAAACCCCAAGCCCAGAACUCAACACGAAAUUACGGGCUUCUACUGCCGCUGAAAUGCCAUCAAAAGAAAAAAGACACCGCACUCUGACUGAGCUCCUGUUCCGUCGUAAUACACGGGACAAGAAGUCGUUACCCAGCCCAAAUGGAAAUGGGAACAAACUGGAGUUAUUAACAGGCAACCGAGGCAUGCGUUACAUCCACAGACGACCAGACGAAAAUCCCGCCAGCUACGGGGAGUCAUUGAAGACGAGGAACGCAGUUUAUUGCGCCAUCGUGCUUGAAGAGUUUGUGAAAGAGCUGGCUUCUCUAACCCAGGAACACUCAAUACUGUUACAUGAGGAUGAGGAGUUGUGACAUGCUGGGCUAGGAAGGCAGAAAAAUGUAUCAUUUAUCAAUAUUUGCUAAAUUCAAAGAACACUUUGUACUUUAUAUUAGAUUGCUAUAAGGGCCUGCCUGUUUUGGGUUAUUUAUUCAUGGUUUUAAAGAGAAUGGAUUGGAGUAGCCAAUCACUUGAUACUUCUUACAUAUUACCAACUUUUAAUGGCAUAAGCGAUUGUUAAGUAACGACUGAUUAAUUUCUAAAUAAUAUUAUUAUAUGAAUAAAACUUCAUUGCUCCUUUUUUAAAAAUUAUUAAUUUCAUUUAUUUAAAAUAAUUAAGUUUUAAAAAAAAUCUGGAAAAUUGGCAAUAUUUUUUAGUAUUUGCUUUUUUAGGUUAUUUUUAGUUAGUUUAUAGCUUCGUGAAGAGUUCCUCACAUGUACCUAAAUAUGGCUAUUUCAAGAGACAAGGUUAUAUUUUAUGUUGUUAUUGUAUUUUAAUAAAUUACCUCAUGCUUAUUUAUAAGAGCACUGCUUUACACUUCCGUUCAUAUGUUUUACUGCAAUUGAAAGUUUAUAUAUUUUAAUGCUAUCUACAGUUUGUAUCUUCAUUUUGACAUUCAUUUUAGGCUUUUAGCCAAGGAUGAAAUUAAGCUGAAAUUGGGCUUUGCUUUAAGUAACUUUAAGUACCUGUCUAUGUUUUAUCUUUCUAAAAUCUUACUUUAAAAACAUGAUAAAUUCUAGUUAUUUUGUCAUACUUUAUAAUUAUGAAAAUUUAUAGGUUUAUUUAAAGCCCCUUGUUAAGCAGAAAAUGGAAAUAUUGACAUCCUGUUCUUAUUUGGAAGUACUCUAUGUUUCAUUUAUUUGCAAUAAGAAAUGUACGAGUAACAUUUUUUUGAUUUUACAUUUUAUUCAUUUAAGUUAGCAGUAAGUAUUCAGAUGACAUGGACUUAUAUAAUGGUAAGCAGCCUAGCUCUUCAAACAAAACAUGGAUUUGUAUCUCGAGUUGCUUAAGUUCUGGACCAAGUUUCAAUAAAACAUCUUAGGCUUCUUAGCUGUAAAUCUUACCCUGCGUAAGAGUGCUCAGGUAUGCCUGUAAUGUUAUGGGCAGAAUCAAUGCCAUAAAUAACAUUCAAGAAAUCGGACUACACGCUAUAAAUGUCCUUAAGAUAUUUUUUAUUGAAAGGCAGUUUACAUAAAAAACGUUGUUACGCAUGUAGAUUUACGUACUUAAGUUUUACAAUCUUUAUUGAAAUGAGGGGCUGUGAAAUUUUGGGCAUUUUAUGUUUUAACCAUACCAUAAAACUUGUGAGUGCUUUGUUUCAACAAAGAUUAACAAAUAUUUUAUUUUCCAAUUUUAAGUCUGUUGAAUAAACAUCAAAGGGUUCUUUAUAAUUCUGUUUGAACUGAUAAUAUGUACUUGUUGCACUGCCUUUGGUAAUUGCAUACUGUGGCCAAUAGUCAUUAAAUGUACAGUGUGUAUUUUAUGUCGUUCAUUUAGUUCUGAUAGUUUUUAGACAUUUAUGAGCAAAAUGCCUUACUUAUAUAUAUUCAAUAACUAUUUUAAAUGCUUUAUACGUUAUCUUAGGUUAUUUUGUUUCGCUUGACAUUCGCUUGACAUUACUGUUUACAUUUCAGCUUAUGAUUUUAAAUUGAUAUUCAUAUUAUGGGCACAUGUUUUUAGCAAUGAAAUGAGUUGAAAUUUGAUUCUUCAAAUAUUUGUCACAAUGAUGUGGUGUAAGAAAGAAACGAGGGCUCUUCUUCAUAUAACACAAUGAUUUACCCUCUUUCAUAAAAGUAUUGUUUUUCCUAUGAAUGUUAAAAUAAUUUGGCUGCUCAAUAUAUAUCAAUAUCUCUAAAAUCCAUUACAGGGAAAUUAACAUAUAAUUUUAUGAAUUAUUUGACAUUUAUUAUGGUAGGUUUUUAUCAGGUUUUUUGGUACUAACAUUUUAUACCCCCUUAAAGAUUAUCUGUGACAUUAUUCAUAAUACAACUUAAGUACUUUUUUUUAUCUUAAAACAAAUUCCUAUGUUUUUCAUACUCAAUUUUUAAAAGAAUUGCAAGCAUGUUUUUUUUCGUUGUUUAUUUCAUAAAACUAAUGAGAAUUAAGUAUUUUAGAUAUUGUUAAGUUUUUAUACCAUAUGACCAGCGAGAUUCUUAACUUAAGAAAAAACUACUUAAGAUGUUUUAUGAAUACCUGCCUUGGGGGGCUAUAUAGGAAUUGUGUUUGUCCCAUUGUAACCCUGGAAACCUCAUAGGAAUGUUGGUCAGCAAGGGUUGUUGUGUUCCUGCAAUUUGUUUGAUAUGUCAAUCUGUUGAACAAUAGUUAUGGACAUUGAAAGAUGGUUAAACAUGGUCUGCAAAUUAUUGUGUUGCAUUUAACUCCAAAAAUAUUGCACCUACAGUCAUGAAACUUCAUAGAAAUGUUGGCCAGCACGGGCAGUUGUGAACAUGCAUUUUGUUUGACAUUUCACUUUUCUCUUGAAGAAGUAAAAAUGGUCGGAAAAUAUUGUGCCGCAUAAAGCCCAAAAAGUAUUACAAACCUACUUUCAUGAAACUUCAUAGAAAUGUUGGUCAGCACGGGCAGUUGUGAACAUGCAUUUUGUUUGACAUUUCACUUGGCCAUUGAAGUUGGUCUGCAAAAUAUUUUAUCACAUAAAUUGUAUUUGAUCAAUGCUCUUGAAACUUCAAAGGAAUGUUGGUCAGUUUUAUAAUGCACAUGCCCGUGCUUUUAAUUCCAAAAUAUGACAACCAUCCCUGUGUCCAGGUGGUGUCUGGGAAGAAUGUGUCUUGGGUAUUCAUCGCUUCAGGGACAGCUUUAGUUUUCAUUUUUUUGUUAUACAGCCUAUGUUUAUUUGAUUUCUUGCCAGUAAUGCAUUGUUGCCUUAAGCUCAGGUUUAAAUCUUAAAACUAUGGUUCUGCUUGAAACAGUUUGCCCUAUCUAUCUUUGAUGUUCUCAAGACAUUAGGCCGAUUGUUCAGAACGUUGUGCAAGUUAACGUUGUUAAUGUCUUCGUUGUUAACUUUCAAACAUGUGGUGUUCUGAAAGAUUAAUGGAUAUACUUGUAAUGUGCAGUAUGUGAGACAACUCUUAAAGCUGUACUUCUUUUAUUUAGAUCUAUUAGCACAUUAUCAAGUAUUUCAAAUUUAAAAUUGUGAACUUUAACAAUGUUCUGAGCUAUUGCCAGAUUGUUCUUAUUGCAAUUGGUAGAAAAAAUUUAAUGUUGCUUUGAAAGUAAAUUUACAAGUUUUGAUGUGCACAAUGAAGUAUUGUGAAAGUCCCUAUGAAUAAAUGAAAUAACCAUACAUAUCACUUGCACUGAUUUAUGCACAUAACUGGCAGCAAAUGUCGCAGCCCUGCACUGAAUGUAUUAAAUAUAUUACUUAUAUUACUAUAUGUCAUUACUCAUUAAGCUUGUAAGAAACCCCAUUUUGAACUAGGAAAAAAGUAAAAAAACAUUUUGACACUUUUUAUGUUGUCUAUUUUAAUCAUGUUCUAUUGAAAAUGUAGGCAAGUCGUGCAAUUUGUAUAAAUUUAUUUGUAGUAUUUUAGAUUGUUUUUCAGUGUUUCAGGCACACAUUUUUCCAUUUAUGGACUUGAAUGUUACUGCCAUGUUUGUCUUAAAUCAGCUUUUAUUAAGGCUGUUUCGCAUUUCUUCCCCCAAUUUGUUUUACAUUCUUUGUUUUAUUUUAAUUAAUUACACCUUCAAACAUCAUGAUGAUGACUAAAAUCAACAUUAUUAAAAAUAUUUCCAAAUGUUACAUAUUUCAAAGUUUAAUCAUAUCUUUUAAAGGUUGUGUGGUCCCUGUUUGUGCUUCCAAACUCUUAAGAUAGUGCAACCCCUUUACGCCAGCGAUGGACUUAAUUGGGUUGCGCUACCUUCAACUCAUUGCUUAAUAAAUGAAGUUCGGGGGCAGUAUUCAUAAAGCAUCUCAAGUUAUUUCCUUACUUAAGUCACUUUCUUAUUUGGGUAUCUAUUUAGUCAUAUGAAAUAAAAACUUAAAAAAUUCAAAAAUACAUUCUUUUCAUUGACCUUAUUCAAACAAAAUACUUAAAUGUUAAAAACACUUAUACAUUUCUUUUAAUUUGACUAUGAAAAUAUUAAUAAGUCGAAAUUAAGUUAGAAAAUUACUUAAGAUGCUUUAUGAAUACAUCCCCGGAUCUAUUCACGGAUCUAUUCAUGGAUCUAUUCACGAUACAUGCAUGUUUCUGGCGUCAUGUAUUUUGUCCCACGUUCCGGCUUAACGAGCUUUGUUUUAUGUAGACUUGUUACAUAUCAUCUUUACUAGUUAUUGUAUAUGCGUUUGUAUCCCUAGUCAAACACUAUAAGCCGCAAUAAACUUUCCACUAA